AUGAAGGAUGAAAAGAUUAAUGAAACUCUUACGGAAUAUGCAAAUCAUAUAAGAAGAAUAUGGUUAACAAAUAUAAACUCUCCCAAAGAAAUUAAGGAUAAGCUCCCUUAAGAUAUACUAAAUGAUCUUGGCAAAACUUAUUAAGUUUUAGAUAAAAGUGCUAGAUAAGAAGGAUAUAAAUGGAUUCAUUAUCUUUGGGUAGAGAACAAACAAAUAAUCCCCAAUACUAUUACUUUAUUUUAAAAUCAUGGUGUAAUCGUUAGAGAAUUAAAGGAACUUAAAUACUUUCAUGAUGAAAAAUUUUAGAGAUAAUAUCAGUAUUAUAUUUAAGACAUCGAAGCCAUUGUAGCUGCUAGUGAUCUAAUUAGAAUUGUUGCAGUGCUAGAAUUAGGAGGUAUUUAUUUAGAUAACGAUACUUAAAUUUGGAAAUGGAACUACGAUAUUCAUUACUAUUUCGAUUUCUUUGGGCAAUAUUUCAAAGUCUUAAGAACAAUCUAAGGCAUUAAUAACUCAAUUUUCGGGGCCAAACCAGGUCAUAUUAUACUUAAGAAAUUAUUACACUAUAUGGCCCUACGAUUUUCACAACAGUUUCCUUGA